AUAACAGUGUUGCCAUGCCGGCUGCCAGUUGAUAGCGCCGCCUAGCAACCAGGAAGAUGGUCGCCAGUGGAAGAUGUCGGGUGCUCUCCAUUAUUUUUAGCACAUUGCUUUUGGGGAGAGCCAUAGCAGUUCGAGGACACACUGAGGUGAAAGUGGAACUGCAGAUGGAGCGCUGGGCGGCUCGCGGGGGCUCCGUACGGCUGCGAUGUGUCCACGACGUGCCCCCCCACCUCCUGGACAAGGUGGUGUUCCUGCGCCAAGGCACCAAGAUCUUCCAGUACAUCAGAGAUAGAAAACCGCCCUAUAGAAACUUCACGACGCCUGGUGCUGUACUUAAUAUCGCCUUAGCAACGGAAAACUCGAUCAUCCUUCAAAACCUGGACUUCGCAGCCAGCGGCAGCUACUCCUGCGAGGUGUCCCUGGACACACCCAUCUACACUAAAGCAUCUAUUGAGAAACAACUUACUGUAUUUCAUCCUCAGAAGCAUCACCCCCGCAUCGACUUUCCCACGCGGUACCUAAGUUUCGGAGAUACGCUCCGUGCGAACUGCACCACCGCGCCUGCGCUGCCAGCCCCGCAUAUCACUUGGUUUAUUAAUGGCAGGAAGAUGAACGAGCUUGUAGCCCAUUCGCAUAAAGUCCGCGUGCCUAGCGAACGCAGUAGGAGAAGGGGUAUUCAUCGGAUAGUGGACUAUGAGGCGGGUACCAGUGCAUCACCACUACUGGCACUCACACACGUCUCUCAUAUCGCUACUAAAGGACCUGGUUGUAGUCUCAAAGAUCAGGUAUCAGAAAUAAAGAUAUCAACGAUAAACAACCACGAAGGGGCCAACAUAAUCCACACAGUAAGCCGGCACAAAAGCAGGAAGCCCAACCGAGGACGAGACCUGUACGUGACGGUGUCGGAACUACAGCUGAUCGCCACGGGGAGACUCGAGGUGACAUGCGUCAGCACCAUACCAGAGUUCCGGAGUAUUGAGGAUAAGUUCGCGGACGUUAGAAAUGAUACAGUCAUUGUGGACGUUAUCCGUCCGUCUCCCAACCCGCUGCCCUCAGCCAACCUCACAAUGCCGGAGUCCAGUGCAUCCUUAGCAGAAACGUUUAAAAACACCCAUGUACUUAUAUUUACUCUCAUGUUUACCUUGCUCAACGUGGCUUGAGUAGGAAUAGUUUCAAUUUUGUAAGCUGUGAUAAAUAAAUUCACCACGGUGAAUGAUAAGAUGCCUAUGCUUAGAAGAAUGGCGUAAUAAAAUCGUGCAUCGGAAAUUUUAUGAUCUCAAUAGAAGAGCUCAAAAUCUAUUUAAUUAUAAAAUGUCAUAAUGUGUGCAACAAACAUUUCAAAGCCUAAGUAGUCUUGCCACUUGCUCCCCGUUUAUUUUUUCGGGAUGUAAGCAUAUCUAAGAAAUAAUACCUGUGUUUGCGUAAUUUUAAGAUUAUUUGAUAACAAAGCGUGAAGAUGAAGAAUAAAUAUACCUACCUACAAACUUGCUAUUGCGAAGCUAGUUAGAUAGCUCCGCCGGCGUACACACAAAGUGUUAUUGUUCCUGAUCACGCGGAUAUUAAGUUUUAUUAAAUGUAAGUAAAUAAAACGAGAAGGCGAACUUAAGAUGUUAUCUAAUGCUUAACUUACCUAAUCGCCAUUGUUGUGCCUAGAUCUAUGUAUGUAAUUAUUCGCCAAAGUAACGAAACAUAUCAUUGCUCCAUUGGAGGCCCUUAUAUACUUUAAGAAAAUUAUUAAAUAAGUUAGAUUAAAAAUAUACUUUAAAAAUUGGAUGAAAUAAUAACAGGUCAAGUUAUUCCAUUAUUUCGAUUAAAUUAAACUUUUUAAAAUACCUUAUGUAAUGAAUUGAAUACAAUAUUUUGACCACCGUCCCAUUGCUGCACGUAGGUAACAAUCCGUUUUCUAUAAGACGUAUUUAAAUUUAUUUUAUUAAAACAAUAGUCUGAGAGCGCAGGUAAAAAAUAAAUAAGUACAUUUUUUUUACUAAUACCGUAAGUAUAAAAAUCAAAUUUUUAAUUUAUUAUCAAAAAAUUAUACCUAUUACACACCAGCAAAGCGUUUACAGAAGGCAUACUUACCUGAGAAAACCUUUAUGAGUCAUCGCAUAAUUUUUGGGCGGCAAUUAGAUGUAGAAACGCAAAUCUCAAUAACAUGAUCGUAAUGAUAAUCUUAUUAAAGUUUUGCAUGAACUGCCUACUUUACUAACUAAAAUCCACAUGCCUAAAAACUAAGCAGUUUUCCGACCUUACUUUAAUGUAAGGAAGGUAAUUUACAUUCACAACAGUCAACUCUCAUUAAUUAUACUUGGGAUCAAUGUUAUAUUUGAAAUAAUGUUAAGAUAAACCUAGUACUUCAUGUGUAUUAAUUAUUGCUAUUUCAACAUAAAAGUGUCACUACCGAUGCAACUUCCAAAACAUUAUGUGCCUCAGAUAAAUAGGUACCUAUGCAGACCCUACUUCUUGUGUUAAAUUUAAGAAUUACAUAAUUAACUAAGACAGAUUCUCAAUUAAAACGUAAAUAUUACACGUUUUAAUUGAGAAUCUGUCUUAGUCAUUUUCGCGCCAAUCAAUAUAGAUAGGUAAUAGAGUGACAAGAGAUGACAAAGAGUUACUUAGUUUACUACUUAGCUACUUUUAUUUAAUUACUUACAAUCUCUAUGGAUAUGUACCUAUAGCGGUCAAAGAAGGAAUAAAUCCAAAAGGGAGACCGUAUUAAAAGCCCACUAAAAUCUUACUGUUUUUUCAGGACAUAAAGUAUAAAGAAAACUUUUUCUUGCAGCAGCAUUUCUUAAAGACUAUCUAAGUAUAGUUAGUAAUAUGCCUGUAUCGUAGACAUUUCAAUCAAAUGUACCUUUUAAUUCAUUCAAAGAAUGUUCAUAGUGAGUCGAUUCUUGGAAUUUGUUAAAUACUGUAGUGAAAAAUCUCUUCUCAAUCGGUCAGUUAGGAUAAGGUAAGUACUUAUAUGUUUUUAAACAAAAUUAAGUUGUUCAUUAGUUAGAAAUGUAAGUGAAAUCCAAUUAUCAAUCAUUUAGGUAUUAUUGGGUACCGUACCUAGUACUUACUUGUAAAUAAUGUAAAGGUCAACUACACAUUAAUUGUAAAAUUAUUUUACAACUUCCAAUGUUACUGUAUGUAAUUAAGUAGUUUAAGAAAUUCUUCACUAUUGGAAAACUAUUUACAACUUUUUAAUUUACUUACCUAUGUUAAUAAUAAUACCUAUUUUAUCUUAUUAAUAAAAUUGUGUAAUUUAUUUUUAUUUUACAUAUGGAAGGGGCUAUGAUUGGUUCAUAUUUCAAAACUUUGGUUCUCUUCAAUUUGAAAACAAAAUAUUACUUAAUAAAUAUU